GUUACUAAUAAUUUAUAACAAAAAUUGAUUUUUUAUGAAAUAGGGCUAAUUCUAUAAAAACAGCAAAAUGACACAUAGAUGUAACGAAAACGAAACUCAAAGUGAAUUGGUGUAUGAUGAUUUAUCGGAUGCACCAAACAACACUUGCGACGAAAAUGAAUUUAGUGAUAGCAGCAAUAUCCUUGAAUUAAGUGAUGUAAUUAGACAUAGAAGAAGACUGAGUAAAAAAUAUAAUGUUUCAAGCGAAAGUGAAGAUUCGGAGAUGGAGGCUGAUGAACCUAUAAUUGAAGAAUGGACAAGUGAGGAUACUUUUCCAAAUCUGGAACCUUUUGAAGGAAUUUGUGGUACGUCAACAUCAUUACAAAAAAAUUGCAGCGUAAAGGAAGCUGUUGAUUGUAUAUUUGGUAAUGAAUUUUUCCAAAUUAUUUCUGAAGAAACAAAUCGUUAUUAUUUACAAAAUGUACAUAAAUAUAAGGCUAUUCYUAAACAAGGAAAAUGGAGAAAUGUAUCAUGUUCUGAAAUAAAAAAUUUGUUCGGAAUAUUUAUUUUGAUGGGACAAAUACGAAAGGAAAACAUAAAAGAAUACUGGUCCGUGGAUCUAUAUUUGGUAACACCUAUUUUUUUCAAAAUUAAUGAGUAGGAACAGAUUUGAACAGGUUACAAGAAAAAUUUAAAACCGUUUACACUCCUCAUCAGAACCUGUCGCUAGAUGAAGCCAUGAUCCCUUGGCGUGGAAAAUUAAAAUUUWAAACAUACAAUCCACGGAAGCUCACUAAAUAUGGAAUACUCGUACGAGUAUUAUCGGAGAGUCAAACGGGAUAUAUAUGUAAUAUAGAAAUUUAUUGUGGACAAGGCAAAAAAUUGCAAGACACGAUAACAACGAUUCUUACACCGUAUUUCGGAUAUUGGCACCAUCUUUAUAURGAUAAUUAUUAUAAUACUUUGAACAUUACUGAAUUUUUAUUACAAAAUAAAAUCCGAAUAUGUGGCACAAUACGCGCCAAUAGAUUGCCAAAAUGUUUAAAAA